AUGUACGCGAAGGGGAAGGGGUCUACAGUACCCUCGGACUCGCAAGCAAGAGAAAAGUUAGCCUUGUACGUGUAUGAGUAUUUAUUGCAUGUUGGUGCACAAAAAGCAGCACAGACAUUUUUAUCAGAGAUACGAUGGGAAAAAAAUAUUACUCUUGGUGAACCACCUGGAUUUUUACACUCUUGGUGGUGUGUAUUCUGGGACCUAUAUUCAGCAGCACCAGAACGACGGGAUUCCUGUGAACAUAGCAGUGAAGCCAAAGCUUUCCAUGAUUAUGGAUUUGUGAAUAGUGGUUAUGGUGUUAAUGGCAUUGCUCAUAAUGCUGGUCCAGCGCCUUCUCCCAUAGGGCAAAUGCCACCCAAUGAUGGUAUGCCUGGCGGUCCAAUGCCUCCUGCUUUCUUUCCAAACAACUCGACAAUGCGACCAUCUCCGCCCACACACCCCUCAUCACAGCCAUCCCCCCAGCCCCCCCAGCCACCCCCGCCCCCACACUCGCAGAUGAUGUCCACUCAGUUUAUGGGUCCUCGGUAUCCUGCUGGGCCAAGACCCGGAGUACGUAUGCCACAAAUGGGAAAUGAUUUUAAUGGGCCACCUGGACAACCAAUGAUGCCAAAUAGUAUGGAUCCAACUAGGCAAGGCGAAGCUGGAGAAUUUGUAGGGUGGCAAGCUCCUCCAGGCAUGAAUCCCAUGAACCCAAGGAUGAAUCCUCCGCGAGGACCAGGAAUGGGUCCAAUGGGACCAGGAAGUUAUGGACCUGGAAUGAGAGGACCACCUCCUAACAGUAGUUUAGGUCCAGGAGGUCCAGGAGGUCCUGGUAUGCCACCAAUGAGUAUGGCUGGAGCAGGCGGUAGACAACAGUGGCAACCUAACACAUCAACGCCAAUGAAUUAUUCGUCAUCGUCGCCGGGUAAUUACGGAGGACCACCCGGUUCAACAGGACCUCCAGGCCCAGGUACACCAAUUAUGCCCAGUCCACAAGAUAGUAGUAAUAGCGGUGGGGAAAAUAUGUAUACCAUGAUGAAACCUGUACCUGGAGGAAAUAUGCCUGGUGAUUUUCCAAUGAGUGGUGGGCCAGAAGGUGGUCCAAUGGGUCCUAUGGGACCAAAUACAAUGGGUCCAGUUCUAAAUGGUGAUGGCCUUGAUGGAAUGAAAAACAGUCCGGCAAAUGGUGGUCCUGGAACACCACGGGAAGAUAGUGGAAGUGGAAUGGGUGAUUAUAAUCUGAGUGGUUUUGGAGGUCCUGGAGAAAAUGAUCAGACUGAGUCAGCGGCCAUACUCAAGAUCAAGGAGAGCAUGCAGGAAGAGGCGAAGAGGUUUGAAAAGGACUCAGAUCACCCCGAUUAUUACAUACAAUAACUCUUCACGAGUCGUUGGGCCCUGAGACCAAACUAACGUUUUAAAAAAAAAACAAAUCGCAAAUCGAUUCCCCUCUUUCUCUCUCUCUCUCUCUCUCUCUCUCUCUUUUCUCUCUCUUUUUCUCUCUUUCUCUCUCCCAUUGAAUCCCAAAACUCUCCUCACUGCACUUGUACUCCAUGAUUAUCUUCCUCCUUUCACUACCCCAACCCUCUUCGAGUGGAGGCACUUACAGAGCGUACAGAGACAGAAAAAAAGUUUUAAAAAUACAAAAAAAAAGAUGAAGAGAAUUGAGCUCCGUAAGAAAAGUGCACAAGUGUUAUGUAGAGAUUAGAGAAAUCUUUUCUAUCUUUGCGAAGUGAGGGGGCCACGUCCCAUGAUUUUUUCAUCCCUUUCUGGUUAUGGGAAAGACCUAACCAAUUAAAGUAAGAAUUAUCAAAUCUUCAGAGAGCACUGUUUCAUGCAAAAUCUUUCGUAAUUUCGCGUUGACGUACAUUCUUAGAAAUGGCUCCAUACGUACAUAUCAGUCAUCUCAAAUCAUCGUCGAUCGAUGACAUUCGUGUUUUGUAAGUAGUUACAAAUUCCAGAUGUCUCCAGUGUCUUGAAAUAUCACACGAAGGAAACAUUCGAGUUUUGGAAGAAACAAAUAUCAGGCUAUAAAAAUGUGAAUUUGGUAUUACGCGUGAUCUUCAAAAAUUACGUUUCCAAGCGUUUUUCUCUUUCAAGUAAUACUCAAAAUCGGUCUGACCUUCAUAUUAUAUUGAAGAAGACUCGAAUGUCCAAUGUUAUCUGCAUGUGACGCAGGUGAAUUCAUUAUAGCGUCAUUUUCUCUUUACAUGGAACGGUAAUGAUCUUUUUAAACUCCCACAUCGCCUCCUACUCUCUUAGGGACCUUGGUUUUGUUUCCUGAAAAAAAAAAAGAUAAUAAUAAGUGCUUCCUUAUUGGCCCUAAGUUGAUAGAAAACUCUAUAUUUUUUGUACAGUUCGAGAAACGUUUAAGCAGUAUGUGUGAUGUUUUUAUAAAGGGGAGUAGUAGUCAACUCCCGUCCCGUCUGUUCUCUUCGGAACCUUCGGUUUGAUUUUCAUGUAUUCAUGGAGUAUACUUGAGUGACGUUUCAUCGGUUUCCUCAGUCGUCUGUGCAUGGCGAAUAGUUUCAGCGUAUGAAAUUAACGAAAAACAGGUGACUGUGAUAAGCUAAAUUUAAUGCAAAAAUAGGAAAAAAAAUUAUGUAAUACAUAAUACAUUUUCCGGCACCAUAAAUCCAUUGUGUUUUAACAGUAGAAUAAUGAUCGAUUCCAGUACAUAUAUCAAGUGUACACUUACCACAAUGUCAUUUUUAUACGUGUACAUAUACGUAUAUAUACGUGUAUUUUCGAGAGAAAAUAAUUUAUUGAGUAAAAUAGAACAUGUUUUAUUGAUUUCAAUCAAUUUUAUAGAAGUGUCGGUUCUAAAUAUAAAUGAAACUAGAUCUUUGAUGUUCCCAUUGAAACGGUCGAAACUUUUCGCAUG